UAGUUAUAAUAGAACCUAUUACAUGCAACUUUGUAUAAAUUGACCUGUUCCUUUAGUGCAGCACAUGGUUUUCAGCUCUGACUUGACACAAACAGCAUCAUGGUGCUCACUCUACUUACCUUGCUUAUUGCAGCCCCUUGCUUGUUCGUUUAUGGAGAGAAUAUGAUUACCUGCUACGGUAAUGUCCAGCGCCUCACUUGUGGCACUGGACUGGUAAUGGUGAAGUCUACUAUAUAUGGACGUACAGACCGCACCACCUGUUCUACUGGUCUGCCGCUAUCUCAGGUUGCUAAUACAGACUGUACCUCAAAGAUCUUCACUAUUGCUGAAAGAUGUAAUGGACUAAAAGAGUGUGAGGUGAAGACAGACUUACUUGGCAACCCAGAUCCAUGUUUUGGAACCUACAAGUACUACAACACCACUUAUGACUGCAUCGAUGGCCAAAACACUGUGAUCUGUGAGCAAGGCUACAGCACAUUGGACUGUGGAGGUGGUUUAAUUCAGAUUAUAAAUGCAAACUUUGGGCGCGCCAAUUCAGUUACCUGCGUCAAUGGACUCCCCAAUGGUUUGAUCCAGAACACCAACUGUUAUGCUUCAAAAACAUUCACGACUGUGGCAGCAAUGUGUAAUGGAAAGAAUAAAUGUACUCUAGAAGCGUCGAAAGCCAUCUUUACAGAUCCUUGCUAUGGGACUUCUAAAUACCUCACUGUAUCUUACAAGUGCACUCCAACUAUUUGGGAAAUUGUGACUUGUGAAGGCAACACUGCUGUUCUGACAUGUGGGGACCGGCACUUAAAGAUCAUCAGUGCUAACUACGGCCGAACCGAUUCCACCACAUGUUCUACAGGACUUCCCAUUCAAAUCUCCAACACAAACUGCUACACAACUGAUACACUCUAUAAAGUUGCAGCUAGAUGUGAUGGAAAGACCAGCUGUGAUGUACCUGCUACUAAUGGGUUCUUCUCUGACCCCUGCGUUGGCACCUAUAAGUACCUGAAAAUGGUGUACUCCUGCGUCAGAUCUAGUGGUGCACCACUUGAGGAUCCAGUUCCAAAUAAGACAAUGAUGCUCAUCCUGAAGCUCUCACUUCUCAGCUUUAAUGCAUGGUCAGACACAUCAUUUAAAAUAUUUUUAAAAAAUGUGAACAUUCAAAGAGAAUCCAAGGGAGUAUUUAUAUUUACCUGCUCAAAGAUCUGUGUUAAUGAUCUGUCUCUUUCAGCUAAUAUGAUUACCUGUUAUGGUGAUGUCCAGAAACUGCAUUGUGAAAGUGGACUACUAAUAGUGAAGUCUUCUCUGUAUGGCCGUACUGACAGUACCACCUGUAGAAUUAAUCGGCCCCCUGCUCAGGUCGCUGUUACUACAUGUUCCUUGCCAAUUACCACAAUUGCUGAUAGAUGCAAUGGACUACCAGACUGUGAGCUGAAGACAGAUUUGCUUGGCAAUACUGACCCAUGUCAAGGAACUUACAAGUAUUACAACACCAGUUUUGACUGCAUCAAUGGGAAUUAUGUUGUGAUCUGUGAGCAUGGCUACAGCACACUGGACUGUGGAAAUGAUGCUAUUCUAAUAGUAAAUGCAAACUAUGGGCGUGCCAGCUCUCAAAUCUGUACAAAUGGACUCCCUAAUGGUUUGACCCAGAACACCAACUGUUAUGCUGCCAACACACUCACAACUGUGGCUGGACUGUGUAAUGGAAAGAAGAGUUGCAAUGUCGAGGCUUCAAACACCAUCUUUUCAGAUCCUUGUUCUGGUACUGUUAAAUACCUCACUGUGUCCUACAUCUGCACAAAGGAAAUUGUUGUUUGUGAAGGUGGAUCUGCUUCAAUCAACUGUGGCGCUCAGACUGUAAAAACUAUUUGGGCAAACUACGGCCGGACCGAUUCUACAGUAUGUUCUACAGGAAGACCUGCCAAUCAACUCUCAAACACAAACUGCUACACGUCUGACACACUAAAUAAAGUUGCUGCUGGAUGUGACCACCUUUCCACCUGCACGAUCCCUGCGAACAAUAAUUUCUUUGGCGACCCCUGCCCUAACACUUAUAAGUACCUGAGGAUUGUUUACGCCUGCGUCUGAGCAGCGACUUGAGGAUCCCCAACUUUCUCCUCAGUGGCCACCAUUCAGCCUGAAAAGAAAUCACUCUUACGUACAGAACCAUGCAGAUGAUACAGUGCAGUUUUGGUGCUGGUGUACUUCACAUUUGCAUGCUAUAUAAUUUUUUACAAUUGCAUUCACACAAUCAAUGGCUGUAACGAUUUU